AAAAAGAUCAAGGGUGUCCAGCACAUUGAGCUACACAGCUACUCUAACGUGAAAGUGCUGCGUAUAUGUAGAUUUUUGUGUACAACCAACCGUGUACAUUUCAUGUGCAUGCAGAAGAAAACAUUUGUUUGACUGCAUUAAGCCCAACUAAAUGCAAUUUUAUGCUCUUAAAAGCACAGUUCUCAAGGUGUUGUGCAGCAGAAUUAACCUAGCGCCAAUUUGUAAACGCAACAUGGCGUGUAGCAGAUAUGAGUACGUUAAAUCCUACGAGCUGGACGACAGAAUAUUGCCCAACGUGUGGAUCGUGAUACGUAUCGAUGGCAAGAAGUUUCACAAGUUUUCGAACGCGCAUAAAUUUGAAAAACCUAAUGAUAUCAACGCGCUAAAUUUGAUGAAUGCAGCGGGAAUUGCUGUGAUGAAGGAAUUUCGUGACAUUGUCCUCGCCUAUGGCCAAAGUGAUGAAUACUCCUUUGUAUUCCGCAAGGAUACGACAGCCUAUAAACGGCGUGCCUCAAAGCUGCUUACCUAUGUUACCAGUCUUUUUUCCAGCAGCUACGUCAUGAGCUGGCCACAAUGGAUGGAUCGCCAAUUAUCGUAUGCCCCCUGUUUUGACGGUCGCAUCGUUUUGUAUCCGACAGAUGAAAAUCUACGCGAUUAUCUAAGCUGGCGUCAGGCGGACGUGCAUGUCAACAAUCUAUAUAACACAGCGUUUUGGAAACUUGUGCUACAAUCGGGUCUAACUAAUCAGCAGGCUGAGGAGCGCCUGCGUGGCACAUUCUCAGCAGAUAAGAAUGAGCUGUUGUUCCAAGAGUUCGGCAUUAACUACAACAGUUUACCGCCCAUGUUUCGUAAGGGCACAAUUCUGUUGCGCAAGCGAGUUGUGCAAUCUGAGGGUGACGAUCAGGAGAAAGGUAGUCAGGCUAUUGUGCCUAUGCACGAUGAUUUAAUACGUGAACAGUUCUGGCGAGAGCAUACAGAAAUCCUGAGCAAAUACGUACCAGGCAAGUAUGUGAGUCCCUCAGUCGUGCCCAGACUGCUUAAGAUGCAGUUGUCCGAGGAGUCUCAAUUGGUCAAGGCGACUAUGAGCUGAGGGUUUGACUUAUGGCAAUAGUUUAAUUACAGUUUACAAUUACAUUAGGGCGAAAAGCAAAUAAACUCGUUGAACUAAUCGAAUCAGUUUAGUAGUCAUCGUCGUCGUCAUCAUCGUCAUCUUCACUGGGUUUUCGGACGUCCGACUGCUGUUGUCGCUGUAUUAAAGCAUUGUUGCUCUGCUGAACAGCGGCUGCCUGCAUGCUAAUCCAUUGUUGUUGCUCUUCGCGUGCCUGCUCCUCGCGCGCUUUGGCAAACAACUCCUGCUGUUGACGCAGUAGCUCCUCUUCGGGAAUGCCAAGAUUCUCGAGUCGCGUGCUCUGGCGACGUCGCUUUGCAGCUACUUCCUUGCAAUCGUGGAGCACAGCCUCGGCCUCCUGCUUGUAAUCGCGGAAGCCCAGACGAUCUAGUGCUUCUAGCACGUGUUCCGCAUUAAUGGUUUUUUUUUGCUGCGCUGAUUGCAAACUUCGUUCGCCUCCGAACUGAUCAGGUGGAUGAACUCGGAACAACAAUUUAAAAUCAAUUCGCGACUUUCGUUGGCUACUCGCACUGUGGGCACCAGCUCCUUUAUUAUUUUGUUGAUGCUGGCACGUGGUAGUGUCAACUCAUCGUCCUCAGCACUGGGCGGCAGAAGCUCCUCCUGGGGAUUUGACAUA